GGAAAAACUCUUGGCAACGCACAAUUUCCCAAUGCCGACGAAGCCCCAACUUUCAGGCCUCAUCGCAUCGCCCCUCCAUUAAUCGAUUGAUAGAGCUGAGAUAUUUUGACGACGACGACGAAAAAAGAAAAACUCGCAAUUCCUCUCGAGCUACGCUCUUCAGCCCACCAUCCAUCCACCCCGAACUAUCGAAAAGAAGAGAGUUAGAAGAGACCUCUAUACACAAUCAUGGCCGACGUACAAGAGAUCCUUAAGAAGAAGUUCGGUGGCGCCGCGCCUUCGCGUACCGGUGGAAAGGGAACUCCGCGACACAAGCAAAAGCGAAAUGUCGCCCGAAGCGCCAACGACGACAAGAAGCUACAAGCUACGCUGAAGAAGCUUAACACUCAGCCCAUUCAGGCUAUCGAGGAGGUCAACAUGUUCAAGAGCGACGGAAACGUCAUCCACUUCUCGGCUCCCAAGGUCCACGCCGCUGUACCCUCCAACACAUUCGCCAUCUACGGUGCUGGCGAGGACAAGGAGCUUACCGAGCUUGUCCCUGGUAUCCUAAACCAGCUCGGACCUGACUCUCUUGCCUCUCUGCGGAAACUAGCCGAGAGCUAUCAGAGCAUGUCCAAGGAAUCUAAGGAAGCCGAGGCCGAUGAUGACGAUAUCCCUGACUUAGUCGCCGGCGAGAACUUCGAGAGCAAGGUCGAAUAGACGACCUUUUGUUAAUUGGCACACCCAUUAAUAACAAGCGGACCAAAAAUACCAGACUUUACUCCCAAAUCCCUCUCCAAACAAAACCCCCUUUGAAAAAAGAAAAAGGUCUCAUUUUUACGAAACGAAAUGAAGCACAUGGUAAAGAUAAUGGAAACUCAAACAGCACAAUGGGAAUGAUUAUGGAAUUUGGUCAAUCCGGUUUUGAUGGUGGUCUCUUUUUUUCUCCAUCUCUCAAAUGUUCUCUCUCUCUCUCGCCUAAGGAUGGAAAGGUCGGAAAGGGAGUUCCUCGGUAGCUGUCCUUUUGCAAAUUAAACCUGGUGGUGGGUUUUAUCUUUUUUCCUCCUUCUAGCUACCUCAACCACCAUCGUCAUCCAAUUUUUUUUAGGUAGUUUUGGGAUUGGAAAAGGGGGAAGACUUCUUUUCUGUCUCUGCUAGAUGCGUGCGGACACGAAAACGAAACCCCUUUCCCCCCUUCCAUCCCAAUGCAUUCCUAUUACAAGUAGCCGCUUGCGUUGUCAUACGUUUUUCCCUCCGUCAAGUUCCUGCUAUCAGGUUUUUUACCUUUGAAAUCCCGCAGGCGUGCGCAGCGAGGAAAAUCUUAUGCUACUGCUUGUUCCAAAUAAGAAGAAAUAUGUUGUAAAU